UGCUUCUGUGUGCCCAGCCUCUCUCUCUCACUUGCUUCUGCUGGAGUCUUGGGUCGUGAGCAAGGUUUAAUCAAUACAAUUUGUGGACUGGACUUUGCAGAUCAUGUUAUUCGUGUUUCUGGUUUCUGGCAGAAUCAAUUGUUUACUGAGAAAAUCAGGACCAUUUAUAACCGACCAAAAGAUACUGAAAUGAAAGCACGGCAUAAAGUUCUGCUCAACAAGAGACUCCAGCAUGAAACUAAGAGAAAAGCAAAAGCUGCAUUGCAUCAACAAAUCCUAAAAAAAUUCAAUAUUAUGCGCACUCGAAGACUGGAAAAUUCCGGACCACAUGAUGAACUUAUAGAUGCUUAUUACCCCAAGAGGAAAAGCCCAAGUCCUUAUCGACAAAAAAUGGCAGCUACCUAUAUUCAGAAGUUUGUCCGAGGGUGGCUAUUGCGUACCACCUAUAAUAAGAUUAAAAUUAAGGCUUUGGGCCAUGGAGAGUCCCUUUCAGCUGUUGUAAGACAAUAUCGGCAGAUGAUGACCCGUCUACGGAGGCGAUUUGAUGCUCCCUGGGAGCCAAUACCUUUGGUAUACUCAGAUUUCGAAGAGUGGCUUAAUAGAAAAAAAAAAUAUGAAGACAUGUUUGCAAAGAGAGAGUUCUGGAAAGAAAUUAAUAAGAAUGAGUUACCAAAUUUCUUCCAAGACUGUGACCACUAUCCUUCCCUACGCGAAAUUAAUGAAACCUGGGGUUUGAUCAAUGCAGGAUCCUAUAACAGUCAGUCAGAAACAUUAACAAAGAAACAAGUAGUAGAGUUGGCUUUUACAAUAUAUCCACCUCCGGGUGCUGGCUUGGGCGAUCGUUCAACUUACCGAUCAACAUGGGUGAGACCCGUAGUGAAUGGAGAAGAGGGUUUCAAAUAUAUAUUGGCUGAUCAUCCGAUUUUGAAGGAAGCCAAAAUAGAAGUUGUUGGGGAUCUGGUAACCCAUUCGAUGUUUCAGAGAAACCAGAUUCAGAAAUUUUCCAAGAACCUAAUGGCUGACCACUUAACAAAGCUAUAAGGCUGAUGUCCCAGUAAAGUGACUUCUGAAAGAUAACUGCUUCAUUCCAUGAAGAUCUGGAGGCAAAGAAAAUGUCCUUGAACGAGAAGUAGCCUAUCUGCAUAGAAGUUUGCACAGCCUCAAGGAUGUAGACUAGGAGCAGUUAGGAAAAGGCAUUCAGAUAGUCUGGAUCUGUUACAGUUCUAACUGAAACAUAAAAUGGCAGUGUAGAAAUAUUGACAUCAUAACCUCCACUUCAACUGUUGAAAGCUGGUAUGCAACCAAAGCCUUUUAACUAGAACAAUGUAAUGAGUUUUUCAGGACACAUUAAAACACCAUUAUAUACGUGCAAACUUUACAAUAGAAGUAUUCUUUAUUUAGCUUUCUGUUAUCAUUGAUAAUUACUUGCUAGAAUAUGUGAAAAUUAGCAGCAGCCUACA